UACACAUCUUCGCCAGCCGCGGUGAGGCAGCUAUACCUCGCUUGCCCGACGCCUCACAUUACUUAGUGCGGAUUAUCUAAAGACCUGAAUUGAUUUCAGUUUAAUAUUCCAUUGGAAGUUAAUUGGAGACGUCACCCGUGCUGGAUCAGAUCAUUGCAUCACGUAAAUACAUUGCAAGAGUGCAAGAGUCAUGUUGCGAGAGACAACCAUGAGGCUGUGGGUCGUCCUGCUGGUCCCUGCUGCCGCCGCCCUGGUCGGCAUAUCAGCAGAGAGGGUGGCAAGGACACAGGAGACAGAGGGCGCCUGGAACCACAUCUGGGAGAAGGCGCCACUGGGAGCGGGAGGCUCGCUGCUGGGGGAGCCGUGUGUCGUCAACAAGAACUGCGCUGUUACCAACGGCCAGUGUGAGAAGGGCCGCUGCCUGUGUGUGCCUCACUACCUCGCCCUCAACGCCUCACUCUGCCUCCCAGGAGCGCUGGUGGGGUUCCCGUGUGUGGUGGACGCCCAGUGUAGCAUGAGAGUGGCCAACACCGCCUGCAUCCAGGGCUACUGCCGCUGUGGCGCCUCCUACGUCCCCUACCGCAGGAACAACUGUCUUAAAGGGGCGAGGGUAGGCGACAUGUGCAGAAGCCAUCAGCAGUGCCAGGAAGGCAACCGUGACAGCUUUUGUAACUUCACAGUGCCACGGGUAUACGGUCGAUGCCAGUGCUCGAGCGACGCUCCCACACACGGGAAGACCUGUGGCCACCUGCGGUAUUCUCUGGGUUCGCCGUGCGGUACGACUGCCCAGUGCAGCUCCCAGGUUCUGGGGUCCGUCUGUGUCAUCCAGAACUCCGCUCAGCUGCAAGCACUCACAGACAUUAGCGCCAACAGCAUCACUGCCAUUCCUGGGAUACCACCAACGCCUCUAGGAGUGCCUCUGGCUGUCUGCGCGUGUCCCCCCGGCCAUCUAGUGGCAGAAAACGGAACGCGGUGUAUUCCUGUUCUUAAAGACGCCGGAGUGAUACCUGUCUCGCUGGGUGAAAGGUGCGAAAGUUCUAACCAAUGUCGAGCCUCUGAUCCGUUCACCUUCUGUCGCGCCGGCGUCUGCCACUGUCUCUACGACACCUCGGAAUGCUCCGCCAAGAACAGAGGAUGCCACAAGGAAACAUUCCAGUGCGCGUCAUCUGGUCGGUGCAUCAGCUGGUACUUCGUGUGUAACGGAGAGAGGGAUUGUGAGGAUGGGUCGGACGAGGCGUCGUGCCUCCCACACAGGUGUCCCGAGCUAGCCCACACCUGCGCGGACGGCACCUGCAUCUCCCGCGCACAUCUGUGUGAUGGCAAGCCCCACUGUCCUGAUGGCUCCGACGAAGCUUCAUGUAAUGAAACGUGUCCGGCCACGACUUUCCGGUGUGGCGACGGGCGAUGUCUGCCAGGCUUCGUCUUCUGCAAUGCCAAACCAACUUGCAGCGACGGCAGUGACGAGGAUGAGGCCGCCUGCAUCCAGGGAUCCAUUACCGCUUCUUACUGCCCUUUCCGGUGUGGCAACGGACGGUGUCGGUCGACGGCGGUCCUGUGCUCCGGUACUGACGGCUGCGGCGACAACACCGACGAAGCCAAAUGCUCCGUCUGCAGUUGUCGUCGACCCAGUUAACAGAACACAUGGAUUUUCAGACAUGAAAAUGCAACUGUGCAAGUUUGGUGUGGUGUUGGGCUGUUGCCCAACAGCCCAACAUCCUCAGGCAGGUAACUGAGGCCACCACAUAUUGCUUGGCCAAUCAGUAAGGAAUCCAAGGAAACUAGACUGCACACCCACUUGUAAAUAUUUUGAGUGCGAAAAUCCUCUCUCUUACAAAGUACUUGUGUGGCAUUCUGUUUUACUUUUAAAUGAACAAAUGUAAUGAAAACACCUGUAAUUCAAUGACUUAAUGAGCGGUGUGAGAGGAGCCUUACCAAGUGGCCUUGAGAAUACCUGGUUCACUUGUUCUGAUCACACACACAGUCAAGAAUUUUAGGCUUGCAUGAUGUUGCAUCUUGCUAUUUUUUCUGGUUUAGUUAUCUCGUAUUUUUCGUUCACUUCAGUGUCAUAUUCAUGGCAUUGCGAAUUUCUAUUUUCAUAAUAUAUAUAUAUAUAUAUAUAUAUAUAUAU